AUGGCUACACGCGCACUCCCUCCUGGCCUCCCAGCCAAGGUCGCUUCAGUGCCGCCAAACCAAACCCUCUAUGUCACGAACCUCCCAUCCAACAAGAUUCAGAAGGAGGACCUUAGGACAGCACUCUACAUGCUAUUCUCGACAUAUGGCGCCGUAUUAGAUGUGGUGGCGCUCAAGACAAUGAAGAUGCGCGGCCAGGCUCACAUCGUGUACAAAGAUAUUCAGACGGCCACGCAGGCCAUGCGGUCGUUGAAUGGGUUCGAGUUUUUUGGACGGGAGCUGUCCAAGUCCAACAUCAUCGCCAAGCUCGACGGUACUUUCAAACCACCCGCAGCUUCGACGGCAGCCCAGGUUGAGGUUACCGACCUCCAACAGAGCAUCUUCAACGCUCCUCUACCAGGGGCGUCUGCAAAUGUGACCUCCCGCGGUCUUCCCCCCAAGCCAUCCGCGUCUGAUCAUGCCAUGCCUGACGCCACUGCUGAAACGCGCGGGACAAAACGGCCAAGGGAAGAGGAGAAGAAAGAAGAAGAGAGCGACUCGGAUGCAGAGAUGGAACUGGAGGAUGAUAGCGACGAUGAAUGA